AUGAAAAGUAGGCUUUGUUUCGCGGAAUGCGAAGCGCUUAGACGAGAUCGCCACCUUGAAACGAGAAUAAACGCGCUCAAAGGUAAGUCCAAUAAAUGUGAGAUGAAUUGAUCAUGGCAUGAUUGUGUGACCUCGUGUGUUUAUAAAUUGCCAAAUCACACUUAUAUAUAAUUUUUCCUUUCAGGGAAGGUCUCCCGAAAUCUGGAGGCUCCUAAUGAGUACUUUGGAAAUCCCGAAUUCAGCGACUUCCGAAUCCAAGCUGGGGAGAGGACCUUUUACGUAAGAAACAUUUUUCUUAUUUAUUUAUAAUUUUAGGUAACAAAAUAUCAAUUGGCACUGAAGUCGAAGGUAUUUGCCAGGAUGCUUAUGGUCUGCAUGAAAGAAAAGAAUGAAGGUGUUAUGCGGCUUGACGAAGAUCCGGAGAGCGUGGAGGCCAUGUUGAAUUUCAUUUACAUGUACAUAAGGGUCAAAGGAGGCGAAUUGGCAAAAAAAGUUAUUCAUCUCGCACAUCGUUAUGAACUCGAUGAACUCAAGGUGAAUGUCUUUUACGUUCUCCUGUCUUUAUCCGGCUUUGAAGUUGGAAAAGCUAUGUGCGGAGCUUGUUUUAAACUUUUUAGCUAACAUUAUGCGAAGUUUUGUUUCAGGAUCAAUGCGAAUUCGAGAUUGUGAAGCACCUGACUGCCGAAGAUGCCGAGGAGAGCUUGUUUUUGGCAUCCCAACUCAAGCUUUCGCUUCUUUUCUUGAAAUGCAACCAGAUACUGUACUUCAACUUUACGCACUUUGAGGAAAAUUCCAUUUCCUGUUCUACCGACCAGAUUUGGUUUGAUGACUACGGAUUUUGCUACACAUCGCUUGAGUUUACCAACCACACCAAUACGAGAAUAUCAUUUGCGAUCUACAGUUGCGACCCGUUGACUCAGAGAAUGUGGUUCCAAGUGAUUGAGCCAGCAGCUAAAAUGACUUUGUCUGACGCAGCUCUGAGAUACAUUAAUUGUCCUGCGAGGACAAUGGGAUUGAUAUACUAUGGCCCGUAUGUGGAGAAUUGUUACGUUCCACUCCAUCUUCGGCCGGGUUCACGCUUCUUGUCGCUUGAAAUUGGUUUGUUAAAAUCAGAUAAAAUUGUAACCAGAGAUCGCCGCGGCUCAGAGCCCUGGCUCGGGCUCUGAGCGGCUCUCGAGCCCAAAGUUUUGGAAAAAUAUUAAAAAAAUUUUUUUUGCACGGGAGCCGGGAUUCGGAGCCGCAGACCUUUUUAAGUUUUUCAUGGGAGCCGGAGCUGCAAAUUUGGCAUCGGCUCCGGCUCUGGGAGCUAAGAGCCGGAGCCGAAAUUUUGACCGUGGCAAUCUCUGACUGUAACUUGACCGUUCUUCUUCUCCAAGUUCGAUUGAUAUUUGAUUAGUUUAUUAAAGGUAUGAUUCUUUGCUAUAAAAAAAUAAAAUUCUGUCUCAAAUUCAAAUAUUUUUGUGUUGAUUUUGGAUUGCGGGUGUUUGUUGUUGAUCUGGGAAGGUUCAGCGCGUCAGCCUUGAAAGCCAUGACUCAAAAUUGCUCAAACUCUGACGGGAAGAGUUGGCUCGCAUUUUCGGAUCAGGUGCCUCGAUAUAGAAAAUCAUUUUUUGUCUUUCCAAUUUUUACAACAACUCCAACAAAAAUAUCAACCCCUAGCCUUGAUUUCGACUUCAAAUGGUUCGGGAGCGAUGCUAAAUCCGAAGUUCCGUUUUAUUUAUGGCUUUCGUCCUCCAGAAAUGAGCGGAUCUCGUACCUACUGAAGAAGUUGGCCACAUUCAGGAAGGUCUCGAUCUUGGCCAAGGCUUCGCCCGCGCAAAUCCGGCGACCAGUCGAAAAUGAGAUGAGUUCCUCAGUCUUCUUCAAACUCCCGGAUUCAUCCAGAAACCGUUCAGGCUGAAAGUUCAUGGGGUCCUUGACAGCAGAGUCUUAUAGGGCUAAGGAAAGGCGACCCAGAACUGAAGAGCCAGUAAAUUGUACAGCUCACAUCAACCACAAAAAACAAAGUUUCAAAUCGGGAAAACUGUUUGCAAUACUUUGUUAGGAUGCCCGAGGGUAGCUCAAAUUAAAAAUUGGAAACGAGUCGGACUGACCAAAAAAUAGUAGAUUUGAAAACCUUGUUUUAGACAUAUUUUGCUACUAAAUCGUUUCGUAACGAAGCAAGUGCCUGAAUUCUUUUUCCUAUGAUCAUAAUUAGAGUAGUUUUAGAGAACAAUAAGCAACCCUUUGUCCCAUACUAGUUUACUCACUCAAAAUUCCAAAAAAACUGAUAUUUAUUUGACUAAAAUAAUAUUUUAAAAAUCGAUAAAUUUUGACUCAGCUAGGUCCACUAUGAUCUAAAAAGACAAUAAGAGCAUAAUUAGUGGCAUCCGCACCAGUUUAGAAGCUGUUGUAAGAACCUUGUUUUUGGUGAUAUUGGCCAUUUUUGAAAUUGGCGCAGCGAAGUUGAAACCAACUCUAAAAGCUCAGUGUAGUCAAUCACUUUCCGUGUUUCAAUAGUUUUAGACAAGUUAUUCGGCCGCAAAGUUUGCAAAAAUUCGACUUCGGCGGUUUGUCGCUAACCCGGUGGCCGAAAGACGCCAAAAUCUAUUAAUUUCAAAAUUCUGAGUCCUUGGCAAUGUUUUACUCGCAGGUUCAUGUUAUUUUGUUCAUUACCCACUGCACAGUAAGCUAAAAGAUUAGAGACCCUUAAAAAACCGAAUGCUAAGAAUCUUGGCAUUCUAUUUGUGGUUGAUGUGCAGCUCUGAAACAGAACGCCAAAAAAAUGGAGGGAAAAUUCAUUUUUGAAUUUAAAUCCAAAAUAUCGAUCGCCAAUUUCAGCAUCAAUUCCGCUGUGUGUGCGCUGCAUUUCCACAACAGAAAGGAUGUCGUCUUGUUCCUCUAAUUGCAUCAUGUCGACUCGACAAAAGCAGCUAGAAGCUCAAAUCAAGGCGUUGAAGGGUAAGAUAAUCUCGUUCCUAGGAGAUCAGGACCGUGAAAGUGCGGCCGUGAACAUAUAAUUAUUAGAUCCAUCGUUCAUGAUCACCUUCAGAUUUCUGUCCCGCAAAAUUAUACAUCAGAAUUUUGCUUCUUUUUAUAGUACUCUUCAUUUUAGAGAAGGUGAACAGUAUCCCAGAAGUACCGAAUGAAUAUUUUGGAAACCCAGUGUUCAGCAACUUCCAGAUCCAAUCCGGGAACAAGACAUUUUACGUAAAAGAUUUUAUUUCUUAUUUUUGCCAGUUUAGGUAACAAAAUACCAGAUGGCGCUGAGGUCGAAGGUGUUCGCAAAAAUGUUCAUGGUUGAUAUAAAGCGGGAGAUAAAAGAUUUUCUGAAAAAUUUUUGAAAUUUUUCUGUUUUUACUUUUUUUUUAAAAAAAAAGUAAAUUUUGAAAAAUUUCCGGAAAUUUUCGAUUUCGGAAAGUCAAAAAACAUUCUUACUCCGAACGACAAAUUUUUGGAAAGUUGGAUCAAAAAUGGCUCGCUAAAAGGUCGAUCCGGAAAGUUGAAACAAAAAUGGCUCGCCCAUUUUGGCUGGUGAGUAGGAUGCCGUUUUUACUCACCUGCACGCCAAUUUAUUUUCUUCAAAAAAAAUUUUUGCGAGCUGCGCCCGGGAAUUCCAGAUGUGUCAAAUUUGAAAUUUCUCUCUCCCUGAAGAAACGUUUUGAUUUUUUUUGAAGUUGUGAAUCUAUUUUCUCCACGAAGAUGGGCGGAAAAGUGAUCAAGUAAGUUAGCAUUAGCAAGAGGAGAUGUACUUUUUUCAUUUGACACCAAAAAUUUUCGUUUUAUUUCAGAGAAAGGUACAAAUUUUUUCCAAUUCGUAAAGCUUCAUGACCAUGGAUAAUGUAAGUGCGCUUAUCGCGUUUUUUGUUCCGUUAUUGGAGUUAACAGUUCUAGGCUGGCGAGUUCUAGAGGACACCUCACUUCAGUUUUGUUAUAUACUCUAUCUAUCAAACGCCACCAAUUUUGAUUUCUAGGUGUCAUGUACAAUAUCGAAAUGCGCUCAGAUCCGCCGGAUUUUUGCCACGAAGGCGUUCUAAACUGAGGUAAUAACGUAGUAAGGCUCAAAACGUUGUUACAAUAACUUGAAGAUAGUUUGCAUAGGUUUUACUUUCGUAUAACAUACUUUUUGGAAAGUUAGUAUAGUAUUUGAAACUUUUACGUCGUUAUUCCUCAAAAUUUAUGGGGUUUCAUACAUGGGGAAUAUACAUGAGAGUGGGGUCUCCUCUAAACGUUUCCCGACUUAGAAUCUUGACGUCGUAGCAAAAAACGAGAUAAUCUCACUUACAUUAUCCAUGGUCAUGAAGCUUUACGAAUUGGAAAAAUUUUGUACCUUUCUCUGAAAUAAAAGGGAAAAAUUUGGUGUCAAAUGAAAAACGUACAUCUCCUCUUGCUAAUGCUAACUUACUUGAUCACUUUUUAGCCCAUCUUCGUGGAGAACAUAGCUUCAGAACAUCGCACAAACAUAAAAAUAAUUUUUUCGGAAGAGAAAAACUUGACACAUCGGGGAAAGACUUGGCGUCAACCUUGCAACCUGCAGUGCGGGGCCAAAAAGAGGAUGAAAGUAAAAACAAGCUCUGACUUUCCGCGACUCCGAGCGGGGAGUAAGAUCCGAUCCUACUCCCGACCUUGAAGUCGGAAAGCCAGAAACAAAAUUGACUUUCUUUUGCAUUUUCCGGAAAGUAAACUGAAAAUUUACUUUUUUUUCAAAAAAAAAGUAAAAACAGAAAAAUUUCAAAAAUUUUUCAGAAAAUCUUUUAUCUCCCGCUUUAUAUGAAAGAGAAGAAUGAAGGUGUAAUGAAGCUGGAUGACGAUCCAAAGGCAGUGGAAGCCAUGCUAAGGUUCAUUUACAUGAACACGAAGGUCAAGGGAAAUGAAUUGGCCAGAAAAGUCGUCCGGCUUGCUCAUUGUUACGAAAUCAAUGAACUCAAGGUGAGUUUUGCGCUGUUUUGACGAUUUCUUUUAUCUGCGAUAAGCUCUGGAUAAUACAGUGACUGUUAGUAAGAGCCUUACAUCAUUUCCGGUCUGUUUUAUGAUAAUUUUCCGUUAUUCUUUGACCUUUAAAAUUAUGUAAUGUUAUUUUUAGGAUCAAUGCGAACUCGAAAUCCUUGAAAGCCUGACGGUAAAGGACGCUGAAGAGAGCUGGAUUUUGGCGUCUCAACUCAAACUUCCUCUGGUCUUUUUGAAAUGCAACGAAUUUCUUUAUCAGAAUUUUGACGGCUUUGAAGAACAUCUAAUUUCUCUGAAUUCGAAAGAGAUUUCUGUUAGUUAUGAUGGUUAUGAUUACAACGGAGGGCCAACUAUAACUAAUCACAGUGAAAUGUCGAUUGCAUUCAAGAUCUACAGCUGCGAUCCUUUGACUUCUCGUAUGGCUUUCCAAUUGAUUGGACCGUCAAAAGUACUGAAACUUCCUCCAAACACAUUAGAAUAUUCAUCUUGCCCUUCCACCUCAGGAAUGUUGUACUAUGCGCCAUACGUCAAAGAUUCCUCCGCGAAUUACAAUCAGCUUCACCUCCUUCCGAACGCACGUUCUAUCACUGUUUUUUUCAGACGACGAUAA